CGAUAAACGAUAUUCAAUUACACAACAUAUUAAAACUGAAAAGCAUUUAAAAUCUAUUUAUGCAAAGCACUGGUUUCGGCAAAUAUUCCGCUAAAAAAACUUAACGAUACACAUUUCAAAUUAUUUUUGGAAAAAUAUACUCUCAAAAAAAUACCCGAUGAAUCAACAAUUCGUAAAAAUUAUUUAAAUGAUUGUUAUAUUGAAACAAUGAAUAAAAUUCGUAAUAAAGUCGAAGGAAAAAAGGUGUGAUUGUCAAUAGACGAAACUACAGAUAUUGAAGGGCGAUAUGUCGCCAAUGUCAUCAUCGGAACAUUAGAAUCUAAUGGUCCAGAUACAACGAUGUUAUUAAAUUCUGAAGUUUUGAACAAGGCAAAUUACUCCAAUAUUUCAAAACUAUUUGAAAAAUCUCUAAAUUUAUUGUGGCCUGAAGGUAUACAACAUGAUUCUGUACUGUUAUUUUUGAGUGAUGCUGCGCCGUAUAUGGUAAAAGCAGCCGGUGCAAUCAAGGCAUUUUACUCUAAAAUACUCCAUAUUACUUGCUUAGCUCAUGGAUUACAUCUUACAGCUGAAGAAGUAAGGAAAUGUUUUCCGAAUGUGGACAAACUUAUAUCAAAUGUUAAGAAAAUUUUUUUAAAAUCUCCUUAUCGCGUUGCUUUUUUUAAAAAUGAAGCACCUGGUCUGCCUUUACCGCCAAAAUCGAUCAUCACUCGUUGGUGGACAUGGCUAAACGCUGCUAUAUAUUAUUGUGAAAACAUAGAACAAAUUCGUAAUAUUGUUAAGCAGUUAAACCCAGAUGAUGCAAUUUCAAUUCAAAUGUCCCAAGAUGUUUUAGCGGACAAAUCAUUGGAUACGAAUUUAAUAUAUAUAAAAUCUAAUUUUGGAUUUUUACCCGAAACAAUUAAAUGUCUAGAAAAAUCGGGAGUUCCUUUGAAUGAUGCUAUCACUUUGAUUGAAAACACAAAAAUAUCUCUUAAAAAAUGUAACGGACAAAAGGGUAAACCUGUUUAUGAAAAAUUUAAAAAAAUUCUAUCAAAAAACGAAGGCUUCGAUACACUAAGUAAAAUUUCAAAAAUUUUAAAUGGAGAAAGUGAAUCAAUUGAACUCGAAGAAGAUUUAUCUCCAAAUGAUUUGACAUUUUUUAAAUACGCACCAAUCACUUCAAUAGAUGCAGAGCGGUCAUUUUCGAGGUAUAAAAAUUUAUUGACUGACAAACGUAGAUCAAUGUUAUUUGAAAAUAUUGCUAAAAUAAUUGUUAUACAGUGCAAUUCAAAUUUAGGUAGGUACCUGAUCUACUGA